CCACUGGAGAGGAGCUGGGGGAGGACGGUGGCCCGCGAGGCUCGAGCAGACAACGCGGCGGCGAUGUCCGCGAGCCAGGCGAGCGCCGCGGCGGUAGCGGCGGGGCCUCGCGCGUGGCUGGGCGGCCUGGGCUGCGGCCUCCCCGCUGGUCCCUGGAAGCGGGCGCACGGAGGGCGCGGGAGCAGUGGCGGAGGCCCCGGCGCGUCCUUCUGCCCCGCGGCCUGAGCCCGGGCGGCUGGAGGGCUUCGGCUGCCCGAGGAUGGGAAUUCUCUUCACCCGGAUCUGGAGGCUGUUCAAUCACCAGGAGCACAAAGUUAUCAUUGUUGGGCUGGAUAAUGCGGGGAAAACCACCAUCCUUUACCAGUUUUCCAUGAAUGAAGUUGUACAUACAUCCCCCACAAUAGGAAGUAAUGUGGAAGAGAUCGUGGUUAAUAAUACCCGUUUCCUGAUGUGGGAUAUUGGUGGUCAAGAGUCUCUUCGUUCUUCCUGGAACACUUACUAUACUAACACUGAGUUUGUAAUAGUUGUUGUGGACAGCACAGACAGAGAGAGGAUAUCUGUAACUAGAGAAGAGCUCUACAAAAUGCUAGCCCAUGAGGAUUUAAGAAAAGCUGGAUUGCUGAUUUUUGCCAAUAAACAAGAUGUUAAAGAAUGCAUGACAGUAGCAGAGAUCUCCCAGUUUUUGAAGCUGACGUCCAUAAAAGACCACCAGUGGCAUAUCCAAGCAUGCUGCGCUCUAACUGGCGAGGGAUUAUGCCAAGGUCUUGAGUGGAUGAUGUCACGGCUGAAGAUCAGAUGAUCUCUACUGAGCUUUUCUCACGGACUCUGCAACCACAGAGUACUGGACUUUACCUGAGAGCUGCAAAAAAAAACAAAAACAAAAACGGUUCAGAUAUAUUUAUAAUAAACUGAUUUAAGAAUUUUUCUAUAAGAAAAAGUAAGACCACUUAUUUGAAAACAAGGAUGAGAUGUCACUACCCAGUUUGCUCUCAAUUCCUUCCAAAAUGCUUCAAAGCUGUGACUGAUUUUCUCAUGAUGGAUCCUCCCAGGAUAUGAACAGCUGUGGCGAGGAACACGAGAGAGGAAGACGUGUGAAUUAUAGAGCUUUAUUGUCAGCGUGACUUGCCCACCCCACCCCAAGUUGAAUGUUCCCCUCUCAUUACAUUGAAUCAACUACAAAUCAGCACAGAUACUGUUUCCAGUUUUUAAAAAUGUAAUAUUAUGGGAAGUAUUUUGCUUAAAGUUGAAUAUGUAUUGUGUAUAUACCUCAAGUUCAGUUUAAUGGCUUUGAUUUGUGUUCUAAAGCAAAUAACACAACUAAUAACCUUACCCUAGUGUCAUUUUGUAGUUAGCGCUCUGUUCUUUGUACUGUCCUAACAAGCCAGCCCUGACCCAGAAUUGUUGAGCUGCUUCUUAAAAAAAAGAAAGAAAAAAAGGUGGGGAAAAAGCUUGACAUUGUAUACCAGCUUUUGUUGUAACAGAGAUGGAAAAAUGUAGCACAAGUAAGUGGAGUGUCUGCUCGACUCCUGGCCAGGUGUGUGGGGGCAGAAUUGCAAGGUGAGCGAUUGCCAGACUUUCCCUUCUGUUGAUCCUUAUGCCAGCUCAGCCACUAGUCAGUCAAUCAUAAAUUGUGAUUAAAACUAUCAGGUAAUUUUUAAUUGGAGAUCAUGGUGUGAAAUGUAUCUAUCCAGAGGUAACAUUAUAUAAAUAGAAAGUAACUGCAGCCUUUUUAGGUAUUAAAUACACAACAAACCUCCAAAAUGAAUUUGAGAGUAAACAUAAGGCAGUUUUCAGUGAACAUUGAUAAUUUCUCAGUUUGCAGAUUGUUUCUGUAGGUUUUCUUACAUGUUCUUCCCCUGCAUAAAAUACCUUAAUAGUUAGGAAGUCCAAAUACUCCGAAUGCUUUCAAGAAUUUGAUUGAAAAUUUGAUUGAAAAGUACAUUUAUACUAGAAAUAAUUUGACCCAAAACUCCUUUUAUAUAUUUCAUCUAAAAGUUGACGGUAUUUCUGUCAUGACUAUAUACUAAAUUUUCAUGUGUUUUAACAUACGCUUGGUGACUCUAUAUGCCUUUUGUGGCCUAGAAAUUUGAAACAGUCAAAACUGUCCAAAUUUAGGCUGAAUAUUCAAAAAGAAAAAAACAUUUAACUGGUUUUAGUCUCAGACAAAAUUUUCCUAAAGAUUUUGGUAAGAAAUAGACGUCUACAUUGUACACAUUGAUGAAAGUUUGAAAAAUCUCUAAGUGUUGAGACACUUCACGUCUAACCCUUGGUGAGCGUUGACGGGUGCUGUGUGGAGGUCUGCUCUCAGUGUCUACUGUCUGCCCGCCUGCGCCUAGGAAGUCAGCCUCCAGCCACCGGGCUCUGUGUGCCGAGUUCCGCUCACACAUUCUCAUACUUUCUCAGACUUACUUUCUAGUUUUGUCAAAGGGAAAUAGCGUCUAGUGUGGCCCCAUCCAUCCCUCCCAAGCCCGGCCCUACAGCUUUUUAGCUUUCUGUGUUCUAAUUGGAAUGAUCAUGUGCAUAGUUGCCUGGUGCUGUUCCAUCAACUCAGCACCAUACCUGGCGUGGCCAAGGUAUGGGCUAAAAUUUAUUCUUGAUUGGACGUUUAAAGUGUUUACUCCAUUGUUAAUGUUGGUGUAGUGUAGUCAGUUAUUGACAAGUUAUAAGAAAGCAUAAAACUUUACCACUUUUACAAAAUAGGAGGUUUUUGGGUUUUGUUUUUUUUUUUUUUAGCCUUUUUAAUCUAAGGAGGUUUUUGGUUUUGUUUUUUUUUUUUAAGCCUUUUUAAUCUAAGUAUCAAACAAUGUGAUGCCUGUGUACUUGUACAUAAAAGCAAAAUUAUGACUGAGUAAAAAGAUUUAAUAUAUAAAAAUAUCAGAAUGGUCAAGCAGUAUUAGGCCUGAAUAUGGUGGAGUACCCCUUGAUGUCAUGCUGGCAGUUUACAUGUUGUGGGGCAGAACCCAGCAAGUCCUGGUUCCAGAUGUUAAUAUGCGACUUGUGGGUGGGAGCAAACAUCUCAUUUAACCUCACUGUGCUCAGCUUUGAAAAGAACAAAGAUUUAUACCUCUGUACAUGUGGAUAGAUUUUAGUGUCCUGUUUUGAUACUAAUUUUAAAAGUUGUUUAACUUUUCUUGAUAUCUUGGUAAAAGUGGCCAUAAGAUAAAUCAUUUGAAUAUAUUUGAUUUUGUCAUAAAAUUUAUAAAAUGUGUGUUACCCAUUAUAUUGAGAGUUUUAUUUUAAAAGCUCAGUUUCCCUUAUAUUUCUAGCACCCCUUGGCCAUCAUGGUAGACAAAAUACUGAGAAGGUAGGUGGGCAGGGCAGCGGGGAAUGAGUGUUCAUUUUCUUGUGACAUUUUGCCUUAAGAAUAAAAGGUGCAUUAGUGCUGCUGAUUGGCAAACCUAGUCUUAGGUAAUGUGGCAUGACAGAGAAGGAAUAGGAGUUGCUUCCCUGGCCUUGAAGAAGUGCCUCGUAGGUAGUCACAGGAAGUCACAGCUAAGUGCGGGGAGCUGGAGGACAGGCAGAAGGUCCCUAAGGUGUCUUUUCCUUUUGUCUGAGUGUGUAGUAUUAAGUUGCCGAGAAGAAGGAUGGUGUUGGUCCUCUCUUCCAGGCACUUUAUAUUUCUUGCUGUAGCUACAGCAAUCACAUACAGUACAGACAACCUCAAAAUCUGUUUAUAUUAGUGUAAAUAGAAAAAUCAUAGACAGCUGUCUAGUUUUCUCUGCAGGCAUUUUUAGGAAUGCAUCUGUAGUCUGUUCUACUUUGUUAAUAGGGGGUAACAGCACAUCCUAGAUCAUAUGUGAUCUUUGGGAUCUUUUAAUUGCCCUUGGUAUCCUGGUAUCAUUCUCACUUUCCAGACAACGUAGAGAGGGUUUCUUCAUAUAACCUAUUUGACUGCAUCUGUUCUCCAAACACAAUGUUCAAUUUCUUGUUCAGGAGCAACUUUCAUACUCGGCUGGCCCUUGCUAUCCUGGUGUUUGCUCACCACCAAUGAAGGUGGCUCUAUUUCCUCUAGCGGUAUUUUAAACGUUGCCCAUAACCAUUAUUCCCAGACCAGUAGGUUUUCAAGUAACCACUUUAGUUCUGUCUGCCCUCCCGCCAGUGACUUGACUCACUGCUCUGGACCUUUGCCUCAGAGAUUCUAUCAGGAGGCUAGAUUCAGAUUAUCGUAUAUAGAUACCAGUAGAAGAAUCGUAUCUGAUUCUAUAUUUAAUUCUACUUAAUAUUAACUUCUUAUGCUGACAGCUAAAUUCAGAAAGACAAUACAUAAUUUCUGGUCCUUGAUCUAUGUGAAUUAGGACCAAAGGCCAUUGUCACAUUCACAUUAUCCUCAGAGCAGCGAGAAUGGUGAUGUGUUGGAGAACACCAGUUCAGCCAGCAUAAGAUGGAAAACGAUGACAAAACAAAACUCUAAUUAGGUUUGAGCCUGAAGACAGCCAAAAAUGUCCUCCAUUCUGUUUUCUUCAAACAUUUUUUCAUGUUUGCUUAGAUAGCAAAGAUCAGCAUUAAAUGUCUAAAGAAAUUUGUAACUUGAGACCUAGUAUUACAAGGUAAACUUGCUGAAACAAGCUUUAAAAGCAAAACAAGCAAUAUGUGGUGACGUAAGUCUGUAAUUCCAACACUCAAGAACGAGAGACAGAAUUGCUGGGAGUACCAGGUCAGCUUGGGCUAGUAUCAGCCACCAAGACGACAUAGCAAGAGACUGUCAGGAAGGAAGGAAGGAAGGAAGAAACAGCAAUCAGCCAUUCUGUGUUUCUGUAGAAUCGAUGUAAUGGAAAAGAUGCAGGAUGCUACUUAAAACGUAUGUACCGCGUUCAUCAGAGCAGUCGUGAAGACCCCAAUGGAAGAGUAAGGGAAAGCAGAGUGUAACACUGGAUGCUUAAGAAGUGAAAUUGGGAAGAAAUAUAACAGGAUACAAUUGGGAUAAUUAUGCAAUAUUUCAUCUUUUUAAUUCUCUCUGUACUGUUUCUAAAAUGGAAGGGUGAGUCUCUUUGGUGUUGCCUGCUCAGUGUGUGGAUCUUUCUUUGGUAGCAGUUUCUCAUAGUGCGUACUUAAGAAGUGCCUGACAUUGAUUUGUGUUGAUUUCUAAGUCCAUGUAAUAAAUGAUACAUGUUUUCUAUGGCA